AUGGAGAAUGCGAAGUCAGUUGACCGCCCAAGUAACAUCAAGGAAAUCGAAGGCGAUCUCUUCGACGCCCCAAAUGGAGCAGCAUUAAUCCCCGUCUUCAAGGCAAAGUAUCCUGCUGCAUUUAAGAUUUACCAAUCACACUGUCGGAGGCUAAAUGCAUCUGCCGAAUACAACAAUGUUUCCACUACCCACGAUAACUCGGGGAACGAGGGAUCAACAAGACUUCGUCUCCCCGAGGGAACGGCCCUCAUCAUCCCUCCACAGGAGAAGGAUUAUGUAGGAAAGGCCAACGUCAAGAAACAUUGGAUAAUCUGUCUGUUCACAUCUCGAAAGACGGGGAAAAGUGUUAGUCCCCCCGAAACUAUCCUGAGGAAUACUGAGCUUGCUGUCACCGAUAUGAAAAGUCAGCUUCGUCAACUUCAGUCUGAAAGGGGUUCUCAGGAGAUUCCUAUUAGCGCGCUCUGGUCGUGUCGAUUCAAUUCUGGUCUUUUCAAAGUAGAUUGGGAGCUCUCGCGGAAUGUGUUGGAAAAGACGGGUCUGGAUGUUACUGUUGUCCGUCCCGAGGGCGAGAAUUGA